AUGUCUAGGGCCAGUACCUCUUGGGUUCGUCUACCCCCCAAGAUCCGGCACGAGGUGCUGAGCAUUCUGCCGGGUCUUGGCGGUCGUUGCAGCCUGCUUGCUACCGUGUCACAAGAAUGGCAUGCGGUCAUUGAGCCGCUCAAUUUCGCUGAGAUCAGCCUGACGCCACCCUGCCUCUCCAAUCCUGACUCUGCAGCUAUUCUCUUCCGCAAGAGAAGUCAGAUCCGUCACAUAUGGUUUUGUGUGGAACUGCAGCAGUACAACUGUGGACGAUGCCUACCAAAAAACCAAGAGCAUUGGGGAUUAGAUGAUGCUGAUAACAGAUUGAUCACGGACGCUUUUCAGAGCUUGUUCUCGACCUCAAGCAAAUGGGAGCCUCGUAACAACUUGGUUCUCGACAUUAGCGUUUACUCAUGUGAUACACGGCACUGGUUCAAGUACCUCAGCUUCCACCCAGAUACCCGCCUCGGCAAGUCUUCCUCGCUACAGCGCAGCAGAGAUGAGCUAGGGACCCCGAUUGAUGACCCAACUCACGGCUGGGUUGCCGGGCAGCAAAAAUUUCCUCUCAACGAACACGCCAUCGAAAAGGUAUUCAACGAGAUCAUGGCCGAGGGACCAUUCGAGGACGAAGAACCGGAGAUGCAGUGGUGGCAGACACUACCCCUUGUCCCCGCAGUUGCGGUUGGUCUCCUUCGUCAGCAAACCCGCCGAUGUUGGAAGCCAGUCGCCCUCGCGAACAUACUCACGCGAUUCCCUAAUAUGAAGGAGCUCUGUUACGAGCCUUGA